AGGGAGACACUUGUCUUCUGCCACCAUCUAUGAACCUAGCAGGCUUCUGCCUGUUAAACAGAAUCAAACAAGCCAGCACCCUGGAACGUCCACCAGGAGGCGCCGGGGGCGUCGCCAGACCUGCGGUGCCUUUACGGUUGGAGAGACCGCGAGGGAUGCAGCAGCGAUGGAAACCGGCUUCCUUUUUCAAGAACCAGUGAGGGAAGGGAGCAGAGCCGCGUUAUUUUAGGGAGACCUUGUCGCACUCCUCCUCCCGCGGGUACGCAGCGUCCGGGAUGUGUGCAGGCCCCAUGGAGAGACGCUGGCGGUGGCGGCGGUGGCAGCUGGGGCUCCUACCGCGGCUGCAGCCGGCGGUGAUCCGACCCCGCGGGCGCGGGGACUGAAGACGCGCAAGGGAGAGCGGCGAGCUGCGAACAAAAGCCCUCGGCGCGGGGCUCGAGCCCGGGACGUGCGGGACUCCACAAAAGGACACGGCCCAGCCAUGGUAGACCCCGUGUCGGAAGAGGAAAAGGCGGGAGCCGAGCCUGAAGGUUCGGGCGGCGAUGGAGCCGCUGCGUCCGCGCCCCCCGACGCCCAGGGCGCCCAGCAGCCCGCCGCCUCUUCGGCCUCGGCCUCGGCCUCGGCGGCGGCGGCGGCGGCGGCGGCGGCGCAGCCCCACAAGGCUGAAGCCCCGAGCGCGGCGGAGGAAGGCGAGCGGCGGGAGCAGUCUCCGCUGCUGCACCUCGACCUCUUCAACUUCGACUGUCCGGAGGCCGAGGGCAGCCGCUACGUGCUGACCAGUCCCCGCUCGCUGGAGGCCUGCGCCCGCUGCGCCGUCAAGCCGGUGGAGCUGCUGCCGCGCGCCCUGGCGGACCUGGUGCGCGAGGCCCCGGGCCGCUCCAUGCGAGUGGCCACCGGCCUGUACGAGGCCUACGAGGCGGAGCGGCGCGCCAAGCUGCAGCAGUGCCGGGCCGAGCGCGAGCGCAUCGUGCGCGAGGAGAAGCGGCGCCUCUUCACGCCGCUGGGCGCCGCGGCCGCCGCCGCCUCGGUCCCCAGCGCGGGCGGCAGCAGCAGCAGCAGCAGCGCCAGCCUCCCGGCCUCGCCCGCGCCGCGUGCCACCCGCAAGGCAUCCUCCAGCCCGUCCCCCGCCCGGACGCAACCUCCGCCCGCGGCUUCCCGGGCCGGCAGGAAGAGCCACUCGCUGGACUCGCUGUCCCGCCGGCGCGAGGGCGCCCUCAGCUCCGAGUCCGGCGCGUCGUCCUCGUCCUACAGCGGGGAGAGCCUGCGGGAGCUGCGCUGGCCUCCGCGGGCCUUGGCCAGGAACAGCUGCCCUGCGGGCUCCGCGUCCUCCGCCCCCAACCCGCUGGGCCGCCCGUCCGCCCUGGCCCUGGUGCCGCUCACGGGCCGCAGCUUCAGCCUGGGUGACCUGAGCCACUCUCCGCAGACCGCGCAGCACGUGGAGCGCAUCGUGCGCCAAGUGCGCGCCGAGCGAGGCCUGCGUGGGGUGCCCGACCGCGACCGAAAGAUCGCGGCGCUGAUGCUGGCGCGCCACCAGGAGGAGCGCCUGCUGCUCGAGCAGCGCGCCGCCGCCCACGGCCAGUGGGAGCAGCAGCGCGUGCGGGCGGAGCAGCGGCGGGAGCGCGAGGAGCGCGAGAAGCAGCGCGCGCUGGAGCAGGGCCGCCGGGCCUGGGCCGCGCAGGUGGAGGAGCGGCGCGGCCGCCGGGGCCGCGAGGAGCGCGAAGAGGCGCGGCGGCGACAGCGGCAGUGCGAGCGCAGCGAGGAGCGGCGGCGCGAGCUGGCCGAACGCCAGGGCCUGCUGCGGCGGGAACGCGUGGAGCGCGCGGCCCGGGAGGAUCGGCUGCGCAAGCUGCAGCAGGAGCAGAACCUGAAGCAGCGGGAGGAGGGCCUGCAGGAGGGGCGCGAGCGCGCCGAGCUGGCCCGCAGGGAGCGCGCCCAGCGCGCGGCCCGCACCAAGCAGCGGCAGGAGGGCCAGCUGCAGCGGGAGAAGCGGGAGCUGAGCCGGGCGGAGCGGGCGCGCCACGAGGCUCUGCUGCAAGGCCGGGCUCGGCAGGAGCGCGCGGAGCGCGAGGGCUUGCGGAGCUCCCUGGAGGCCAGCUUGGGCCGCGCGCAGGAGAACUACGAGCAGUUGGUGGAGCAGCGCGCCCGCGAGCUGCGGGAGCGGGCCCGGCGGGAGGAGCUGCAGGGCCGGCGGGCCAAGGAGGUGGCCGAGCGCAAAGAGCGCGAACACCAGGCGCACCUGGAGGCGCUGGCCCGGGCGGGGGAGCGGCGGCUGCAGCACGCCAUGCAGGCUGCCGAGGAAGCCGUGCAGCAGAAGGCGCGGCGCGUGGGCCAGAGCAGGCUGGAGAAGGAACGGGCCCAGCGCGCCAAUAAGGAGAAGGUGGAGAGGGACGAAGACUGCCGCCGGCGGGAGCUGCUGCAGGCCAUCGGGCGCAAGCUGGAGCGCAGCGAGCAGCUGUCCCGGGAGCGACGGAGCGCGCUGGAGAGCGCCCGCUCCACCGCCCGGGCCUCCUUCCACGUGCGCGAGAAGGUCCGCGAGGAGACCAACACGCGCUCCUUCGACCGCAUGGUGCGGGAUGCCCAGCUGCACGCCAGCCUCGACCGCAAAUGACCGCCGCCCAGAGCUGGCCAGGCUGCCACCCUCAGCCCUUCGGGGCCUCCCUUGGCCUUUUUGACCAGACUGUGGAAGUCUCUAGUGGAGGCCCAGCCCCGCGGCCUCGCCAGGCUCCCUACCAAUGAGGCAACGUGGGGACAGAUUUGAGACCUGCCAGCUCACCGCCUUUUUAAAAACUCACUUCAUUUGGAAAUGACAUAGCACAAUCGCUGACCACAUCCAUCCUCCGUGGCUCCCGCAGCGGCCCUCACCAAGGGUUGGAAUAGAAAAAGAGCUGGGAGAGGGCAGCUGAGUCGGGACUGGGGGAGGACCCCUGUAGGAGAAGGUGCAGAGGUGGCGGCUCCCUUGGGCAGCAGUCAGCCCAGGCACCUGUCGCCUAUUGGUGUCUGGGGUGACAUUGGUUACUGCAGCUGAGGCGGUGUCUCCUUGGCUCACCUCCAUCCUUUUAAAUAAUGGCAAGUUGCACAAAACUUGGCGGCCUCGCAGAAAAGCACAGCUGUUCCAAGGUGUUAGGCCACACCAAGUGACCCCAAAAGCGAUUGAUUUUUGUAUGCUUGAAGUUUAAUCUGCCACUUGAGCAAAUUCUGGGCUUAGUUAUGAUAAUUUUUUGGUUGAUUCCCCUAGGCUUUCCAGUUAGACAAUCAUCCUGCAAAUAAUGAUCAAUUUGUGUCUUUUUCCCCUCUCUCUCCUUAUUCUCCCAAGUGACACAAGAAAUCGGCUGGUUUACUGAUGCUGUUCGCUUUAGUGGAAGCCCCUAGCCCCUGGGGGAGAGGAGUUCCCUAGGCAGCAGUGUUCCGCCCGAUUCUGCUUUCUUGCAGGGUAGCUUCAGGGGAGGCAGUGUCUGAUGCCCACCUCCCAGUGUGGAGCCCACUCCUCGAAAGACAGCAGCCAUGCCUUAAGAAGCAGAGCUACCUUAUGUGCCUGCCCAGGCCAAUCCUGCCUAAAUCUCCAGCCCUGGAUGCAGUCCCAAGGGUGGUGGGCCCAGUGAGCCUGGAGCUAGGAUUCCCGUUGUGAAGGAUCCAUCCUGGCUGCUCUGAGGGUAAUUUCCUGUGAUGGCAAGCAUUGCCACUUUGCUGUUGUGAGUUGUGGUCGCUACUGUUGGUAGUAUAUCUUCCCCUCCUCCACCCUCUGCCCCCCCCCAUCGCCGCCCCCAUGAGGAAAAAAGAAUGUCCCCCUUAAGUUCCUGGUUCCCUCUCACCUUUGCCAAAAGUGUUGAAUCUGUCUCUCCAUUGCCUCACUUUUCCUACUGGCCAAAUGGGGCCAUCAGUACUCUUCUGGUACCUCAAGGUCUUCUGGAUCCAAAGCACCGCCUCAGUAUUAUUUGUUGGUCUUAUUUGUGCCUUUCUUGACUUGGAGUUGGGAGGCAGGAAGGCUGCUGUUGGCCUAGUUUGUUUUUGGGAAUAUGGAUUCCUGGCGUUGGAAGGGGCAGUGCGUCACACCAGAUGAUCAUUUAGCUUCUGGGGCGGGGGGGUGGAGUACUCGCAAGACCAGGCCAGUUGUCCUCAGGCAACUUUAAUACUUCCUUCCCAUGAAGCCUAAAUCAGCCCCCAGCCAUAUCCACCCACUGACUCCGCCUUCAUCACAGAAAACAUUACAUUUUACAUUAAAUCAGGAGCAGGAAAUAAAAGUUACCAAAAAAUAAAAUAAAAAAAGAAUCAGGGUAGAGAACUACUGUAUUAGACAUGUUUCAUGUGUAUUCUUCGGGGCAGAAUUGUCCCCAAAAUGUCUGGUAUUACACACACACACAUAUACACACUCCCAUCUGUACCCUCUUCCCCAAUUGCAUGCCAGCAGGUACAAAAGCAUUGUGUAGAAGGGACCAAUACUUAGGUGUUACACAGGAGCUGUGCCAAGAUUCAUUUCUUGAAUGGGUGAAUUUUUCCCUCUAAUUUUCUUCUUGUUGGUAUCCCGGUAAUCAGUGAGCUAGCUGAAAUAAUUGGUAUUGUCUGAGUCAGGGGCAUCUAACUAAAAGGUUAAUUUGGGACUUACUGGUUCUUACUUAGUGGCUCCUGGUUUCCUAGAGAACUUUUGAGACCUUAAUAGAAAACACCUAAAACUACUUUCUUCAAAGUACAUGCAUUCAUUUGAGAAGGAUGCAAUCAGGUUUUCUUUUUUUUUUCUGAGUUUUUUUUUUAAGAUUUUAUUUAUUUAUUCAUGAGAGACACACACAGAGAGAGGCAGAGACAUAGGCAGAGGGAGAAGCAGGCUCCAUGCAGGGAGCCCGAUGUGGGACUUGAUCCCAAGACUCCAGGAUCACACCCUGCGCGGAAGGCAGACCCUUAACCGCUGAGCCACCCAGGCGUCCCACAAUCAGGUUUUCUGGAUAAGGCACUGAAAGGCACACAGGUGAUCUUACCUUGCCCUUUGUUCAGUUUUUUUUUUCUGACUUACUGAAUGACUUUGGGUAGAUCACCUCUCUGUGCUUUGGUUUCCCCACCUGUGGAAUGGGGAUGGUGACUUUGGCCCUCCUCUACAUUGUGAAGAUGAAUCAGAAUCAGAAUGGUUUCUCAGUUCUAUGACUUUAGAACUGCAGGUGCAAUUGCCAUAAACAGAAAGGAUCAUGUGACUGUACUAUGCCCAGAGAGUAGUAAUGUACUGUCUUGAUCUAGUGCAGAAAGCAAUGGUCUCAAAAAGCACAUUGCAGCUAAUUGGACUUAAAUAAAAGUUAAAAAAAAAAAAAAAAGAGUCCUCCAAGGGGGAAAAAAACAUAUUGCAGAUCAUAGCAUCACAUGUGAUGCAAAGGCCCAGGUCUGAGUCUGAAUGUCACCAAAUUAGAGGUUUGCACUUAGAGAAAAGCAUUAAGUGCAAACAUAUCAGAACGCAGUUUGUAAAGGAAAAGAUUUUGGAUUCUAAAAAAAGAAAAGAGAAGAAAUCCAUAUAGCUAAGUAAAAUUAAAGCAAAAACAGAAGUCAAACCUAGUAAUCAUAAAGAAUGGUUCUAAAUUUCAGACCAUCCUCUAGAAUAGAGACCUAACUCUAUAUCCUAGGAUAAAUGGCCACGUUGCCCUUUGAGGAGGUGCAAUUUCCAGAAUCCUUUGUUAGGCCUUUCCUUUGUAUUCUUCUCUUUGAAGUGAUACCAGAGAGAAGUGGUUCUUAUUCUGAACAGCAAGGGACAAUAAAAGGGUUGGGGGCAGUGGGGAUGGUAGGUGGAGAGAGGCGUACUUCUGCUAUAAGCAUUCUAACAUGGGCCCAGAAUUGGCCUUAGAGCACCUUGCUGGAACUUUUCUUACCAUCCAGGAAAUUGCAGCACUGAAGUGGCCUCAGAACUUCCCAUUUGCCCUCUUGGAGCAUCCCCUGGCUCCAAAAAGAGAGAACAUGAAGUGAAGUAAGGAAGAGUGGGAAGGGUUGGAAGAAGCUUUUAUUUGAUUCAUUACCAAGGAAACAAGCAGGAUGAAACUGUUUCAAAUGAAGUCCUCAGUAGAGGUAGCCCUGCACCCAGCAUCCCGCUCAGGUAAUGACCCAUGCCUACACCACACCUGGACAGGAAGAUGGACGUUUCCCUUCAGAAGCACCCGGACUGAAUCAUCAAGGGAUUUGCCAAAGGUGAAGAGUGGAUGGAGUAAUGAAGGCAUACCAGCAUGCAGUUUGUGUGCAGGCUACUCUGUAAAGUCCACCAGUUAUCAUUUCUUCUCCUUUAAAAAGUCCAAUGAAACAGAGGGGUGCCUGACUUUGCAUAAAGGGUUAUAUAUUGUUUACUCUCAAAUCCCUUAUAGCUCAUGGUUUAGCACCUCACAGUAGGCACGUAAAUUCUAGAUGGAGGGAAGGGUAAGGUAGAGAGUGGACAGAUAGUGGACAAAUGAGGUGAUCUGAGGAAAUCUGUGAAGAAUAGAUGGGAUGGGCAGGCCUCCAUUCAUUUGACAAAUUUGUAUUGAACAUCUGCUGUGUGCCAGGCACUGCUUUUGAUGCUGAGAAGACAAACUCUGAUCACUGACCCUGGGAACCACUUAUGCUUCAUUGUCAUGAGCAGAUAUCUGUAUGUCCCCACUGGGCUUAACUACCUUCCCACCCUGGUAUCCAUCCACAGGCAGGCCUGAUGGUCCUUCAGGCACAAACUUCAAGCCUUUUUCCGUUUCCUGGGGACACACCAUCUGCCAACCAGCUAUCACACAGUCUCUGUUGUUCUUUUUCCCUUGGUUAACCAGGAGCCAUGAUUAAUCAGGUCAAAUUCAUAAGGUCAUGUACUUAAUCAGCUUUAAAUUACAGUAAAAGAGAGAGAGUGAUCUUAAUCACCUUCAAGAAUGUUAUUCGUCACGACAUUAACAAAAACAGCAUAAUGAUCAUCAAAAAAAAAAAAAUGAUCAUCAACCUAGAGAAUGAGCCUCAGGCCAUGCAGAGUCCCAGAUCACUAAAACAGGGUACUAGUUUCAUCAUCCAACUGUUCUUGUGCUGAGACAAGAACUUAACAUUUCAGAAGCAUUUCCAGUUUAAAAGUUCCGACAAAAAGAUUUCUGAUCAAUACUACAUUGAUGAGGAAGGUUAGUGAAGCAAAUAUUCUUAAGACUUCCAGGUGAUUGAGGUUGCCCCGUAGGUUAUCAUGUAGAUUUGCCUUUUCUCUACCAUAUGACUGCCAUCUCCACCCUGCGUGUCCCAGGGAAGCAUUUGGCAGAUGAAUACAAGGAAACCUGGCAUUUCUUGACAUGACCUGGAAAGCGGCUUUCAGGGACCAAGUAGAUAACUUUCAGUUCUAGAAUGUUGCUUAGGCCUUGUAUGUGAUACAUUUGGCUUCGGCCAUCUGAUGCAGCACAGUUUUGCUGUAUUAUGAUCAAUCACAUGCUUUGAUUACAUAACUGUAUAGAAGAACACCUGGUCUGCUCACCUAAGUAUGCUAUACCGUGGAGCUCUGGUGCUUUCUCUAUAUGCAUCUCCUCCCAGCCCCAACCAUCCCUUCACAUGUCCCGUCAGACUGGGUGGGCCCUGGUGCUGUUUUGGCUUCCCAUAAGUCAGGGUGGGGACAGAGAGUGGACUUUGUAGCAGAUGUUAGGAUAUAGAAGGGGAGGGUGUUUUCCAUUUGAGGAACAGGGUGAUCGUUGUUUGCACUGUUGUUACUUCCUAAUUUAUCAAAUGUUGUCAUGUCCCACAUGAGUGUAGACUUAGUCCAAAGUGAUUUUUAAAUUAGCUUCCAUUUUGAAGUGUUCAUGCCUUUCUUCCUCUCCACUAGUACAGUAUUGGUGGCAUGUUUUUGUGUCAGAAACUUGCACAGUUCAUAAGACUGUCAAGAAGACAGUAAAUCCACAUCUACUCCUGUGUUUGAAUAUAUGUGUAAGCACACACAUACACACACACACACACCUACCAAUUCCAGCAUCAGUGUUCUUUCAGAGGGAGGGAAAUUGCAGUUGUAUUCCUCCAGGGAAGGGUAAGCUCUGGGGAACCUGAGCUGCCCCUUGGGAUGGGUCCAUUGAUUCCACCUACCUCCAGCUCCAGAGCUGCUUCAGGCUCUGGCCCGUUAGCCUAGUGUCCAUAUUUCACAAACCCAGCAAUGAGCCAUGUGGGUGACAAGGGAUUUCAUACUGCCACUAUGCUUCUCCUUUCCCCUACUUAGUGUGACAGACUGGCUGGGAAAUGGAAUUUGGAUGCCAAAAUGUUGACAUUCGGAACAUCUCAGCAUGAUGGAAUGACUAAUAUCUAUAAAGUUCUGAACAUCCAGUCCAUGUGGCAGUCAUACCUUCAAGGCAAAGAGUUUGGCAAAGAAGCAAGUGUCUUGAUUUAUUCAGACUAUUACCUACUAUUCCACGGGCCCUUCUUGUCAUCUAUGAAAGGAGGGCAACAGAUCCUACAUGGUAGGGAGUUGUUAAAUGAGUUAAUGCUUGGAAAGCAGCACAACCCCCCCUGGGAAAUAGCACUCAAUUCAUGGAUAUUGUUAUUCUGAACUUGGGCAGAAAAGGAAGGAAUGAGGAAUGAGGUAGGUUGAAUGUCAGCCAGCUGGUCCUGGUGGACACCAGGCUUUGAUGGUAGCCCUUUGUGCUUGUCUGGAUCCCCUGCUGUGCAGCAAUUCCCCCAACCAAUCCAAAGGAAGGGACUCUGGAAUAAUGCUCCCCCACCCCAGUAAUGUGCUGUAACCUGGGGUUGGGGAAGGAGGGAUUACCUUGUUUACCAAAUUUUUGGCAAUAAAAUUGACAUCUGGUGA